CGCCAGCCAUGAUCCGUGGCGGGCUAAUUCCCAGACGGUCUCCUUCUCCUUCUCCUUCCUCUCCUCCUCCUCCGCCUCCUCCUCCUCGAGGGCCCGAGCAGAACGUGUCGACCAAUCAGAACCAGCUGUGAGCCCGUGUGUGUUUGUGUGUGAGGUCAUGUCAGGCAUGACGAGUGGCGUCUGUGUGGAGAGCGACCUCUCCUCCAUGCUGCAAAGAAGCUCCGCCCCCUCCCACCAUCACCCGAAUCACCAUGGUUACGGUGGACAAGGACAGGUGUCCAGCCUGGCCCCGAUGCUGGACUACACCACGGAGAUGGACCGGUACCGCUCCUCCAUCGCCAGCUUCUACAAGACCAACGUCAACAUGAACAUGAACGUCUCUAACUUCCCUCAGUCCGCCAAGCUGGCGGCGCGAUUGGCGGCCGCCGCCCCCAUGUUCCCGCCUGCUGCUGCCAGGCUGGGUGCCAUGGCUACGACGCCUUGGAGUUGUCACGACAACAUAAACAUGAACCACCCGGCAGCCAUGUUCUGGGGCCGGCCCAAACCGGACACGCACCACCACCACCCCCACCAUCACCACCACCCCCACCCCCACCACCACCCCUCGGCAACGACGGGUCACAUCACCUCAUCGCACCCCCACAGCACCACCAUGCAGCAGGGCGCCGCGGCGACGGGGGAGGGAGGAGGCGGGAGCGGGGGGAGCAGUGAGGGGGCGGGAGCGGACAAACACGGACAGGCCGCCUCCUCACUUCCUGUCGCCCAGGGAACAUCCCACAAUCACCCCAUGGCCCCUAGCAACGGGAACUUCCUCCCUGGUUACGGCAGCGGGGCGGACUGCGGCGCCAUGAGCAAACAGGGACACGCCCACCCGGACAUGAUGGGCCUGUCAGAGGGCGCGAGCUGCACUGGGGGAGCGGUGAUGGGUGGCAGCUUCCUGGGGGGGCUGGGACUACCCCCCGGGGUGAUCGUCAUGGCGAUGGGGUCGGCGGGGCCCGGGAUCACGGACACCGCCGCCAGCGCCUUCCAGAUGACCGGCGGCCAGCGGCCGCUGACGGACUGCCAGCAGCACGCCACCUCCUCCCCCUGCCCCUCCUCCUCCUCACCCUCGUCGUCGGGGGUGACGGCGGGGGGCGUGGCCCUCUCGUCCUCGUCGGCGGGCGCCGCGUCCAAGCGGAAGAGGAAGCGCUGCGGCGUGUGCAGCCCGUGCAGACGGCUCAUCAACUGCGGCGUCUGCUCGUCCUGCCGCAACCGCAAGACGGGUCACCAGAUCUGCAAGUUCAGGAAGUGUGAGGAGCUGAAGAAGAAGCCGGGGGGAGGAGGGGGGGCGCUGGAGCGCCCGCCGGUCGGGACGGAUGGCGAGGCGUUCCGUUGGUUCUUCUAGCCUCGGCGCCGCUUUAUGUGGAACAGGAAGUAACCGCCGGACUACAAAUGCAGAUCACUCCAGACUUCUGGAUGUCAACCAGGAUUAGGAUUCCACACUAAGUCCUGGAACCAGUUUGGAGCCCCAGGCUGGAUGGUGUGUGGGGGAGGCGGGGACUUCCUGUCAGAAAUACAGAAUGACAUCAUCUCUGUAUUUGGGCAUCGCUCCUCUCCCAUUGGUCACCUGGCCGGUAGCAGAGGCGAGAUGUUGAGGAGAGUUGUUGGUACCCGAUGAAGCUCCUCGUAGCCUCGAUGUUCUCGUCACAGUCCAGGUGACCCGAACACCUUCUGCAUUCAUUGGCAGAAAUAAAACCCUAACAAGGGAGCUAUGGCCUCUUCUGCCUCCUAGCCUCCUAGCCUCCUAACCUCCUAACCCCUCCGCAGCCUCACCCGCAGGAUUUAGGCCUCGUGUGGACCUUCUGCUGUUUUAUUACAAAACCUUUUACAGUUUGACCAAAACCGGACGACAAGUUGACCUCAAAGGAAAGACUUCACUGCGAGGGGGUCGACCCAGGACUACACCUGUCCCCCAGCAGGACUACACCUGUCCCCCAGCAGGACUACACCUGUCCCACAGCAGGACUACACCUGUCCCCCAGCAGGACUACAACUGUCCCACAGCAGGACUACAGCUGUCCCCCAGCAGGACUACACCUGUCCCACAGCAGGACUACACCUGUCCCCCAGCAGGACUACAACUGUCCCACAGCAGGACUACAGCUGUCCCACAGCAGGACUACACCUGUCCCCCAGCAGGACUACACCUGUCCCACAGCAGGACUACAGCUGUCCCACAGCAGGACUACACCUGUCCCCCAGCAGGACUACACCUGUCCCACAGCAGGACUACACCUGUCCCCCAGCAGGACUACACCUGUCCCCCAGCAGGACUACACCUGUCCCACAGCAGGACUACACCUGUCCCACAGCAGGACUACACCUGUCCCACAGCAGGACUACAACUACCACAUCACUGUUAGCGUCUCUUCUGUCUACCUCCUCCUGUCCCAGUGGACACCUUGGUGGAUGUGUUUGUGAUCUGCUUCUUAACUCUCUAGAAGGUCCAGAGCUGCCCCCCCUCAUGGAACCUGGCUUCUCUGGUUAUUGAUGCUCUCCUCUGUCUAAAGGAGCAGGUUCAACAGUUCUAACGUUCUCAGGGUGCAGUUUUAUACGAACUAAAGCAGACUGGAAACAAAACUCACUUUGUGUAUUUUUGUAUUCACGUAAAAAUGAAGGAUUGGGAUUAAAAACAUUUUGGGUGAAAAAUCGGCUCCUAAUUGGAACAUCGAGUCCCAAACGUUCCGGACUAACGGACCGCAGAGAGUUCAGAACCAGGUCCGGUGGCCCGUGAGCUUCUGGGAGGACGUGUGGGCCGAGAGCAGAACAUCCCAAAAUAUCAACCAGUCGAGUCCAACUCGUUCUUCUGUGGUACCUUUGUGAAAGCUUGAUGAUCUCAAAGAUCUCUUUGUGGUUCUCUACGUAUACUACACUACGGAGUACUCCAAGUACACGCCUUACUCUACGUAUACUACGCACGCCACCAUGUCCACGUGUACACUAAACCGUACACCACGUGUACUAAUACACGUGUGUGCUACACAUGAUUCUACUGGUUCCAACCCUUUGAUUCUUCAUCCCUGCGUGGACCACCGGUUCAGACCUUCAUGCUCCCCAGAAGAUGAACCUCAGCCGCAGACGGGCUGGAAACAUUCGGGGCUCGUUCUCAUUGUAUCCGUCCUUGUGUAUCAAUUGUAAUAAAAAGUGAUGGACGCACACA